AUGGCGAUCAACGGCGGCGCUGAGCCCACAAAGGUCAAGAUUCUAGGCAAGGACUCGAUCGUAGUCGACUACGGCCUGUGGCAGAACUAUGUCGCGCACGAUCUCGUUACGGCAAUCCCCUCGUCGACGUAUGUGCUGAUUACCGACACCAACAUCGGACCGCUCUACAUCCCCGCUUUUGAGCAGAGCUUCAACCGCGAAGCUUCGGCCGUCUCACCUGCACCGCGACUCCUCACAUACCAGAUCCCACCCGGCGAGAACUCCAAAUCACGGUCGACUAAAGGCGUGGUAGAAGACUGGCUGUUAUCGCAAGGAUGCACGCGCGACACCGUCAUAAUAGCGCUGGGCGGUGGUGUCAUCGGGGACAUGAUUGGCUUUGUGGCGGCGACAUACAUGAGAGGAAUAAAGUUCGUGCAGGUGCCAACGACGCUGCUGUCCAUGGUGGACUCGUCAAUUGGCGGCAAGACGGCCAUCGACACGCCUGCGGGCAAGAACUUGGUUGGUGCAUUCUGGCAGCCUGAGCGCAUAUACGUGGACCUGCGCUUCUUGGAGUCGUUGCCGAAGCGGGAGAUCAUCAACGGCAUGGCUGAGGUCGUCAAGACUGCCGCUAUAUGGAACGAGGAGGAAUUCACCGCCCUCGAAGGCAACGCCGAGGCGAUUCUACACGCGGUUGACCAAAAGAUCGAAAACGGACGACGAAACUUCGACGACAUAGCCGGUAUACUAAAGCGCAUCGUGCUUGGAUCAGUGCGGGUGAAGGCGGAAGUGGUGUCGGCAGACGAGCGCGAAGGCGGCUUGCGCAACCUGCUGAACUUUGGCCAUUCAAUUGGACACGCCAUGGAAGCCAUUCUCACACCUCAAAUCCUCCACGGAGAGGCCGUGGCAAUAGGCAUGGUCAAAGAGGCGGAGCUAGCCAGAUACCUGGGUGUCCUAGAUCCAUCCGCUGUAGCGCGCUUGUCGAAAUGCAUUGCGAGCUACGGACUGCCUACCUCUCUCGCCGACAAGACUGUGCGCAAGCGGUCUGCUAACAAGCACUGCCCGGUGGACGAGCUGAUCAAAAUCAUGGCCGUGGACAAGAAGAAUUCAGGCUCGCAAAAGAAGGUUGUGCUUCUGUCUGGUAUCGGCAGGACCUAUGAGAAGAAGGCGAGUUCAGUCGCGGACCGAGACAUCAAAAUAGCUUUGUCACCCAGCAUUCUCGUCCACCCCGGCAUUCCCUCCGACUCUAACGUGACAUGCUCUCCUCCUGGAUCGAAGAGUAUCUCGAACCGUGUACUUGUACUGGCUGCGUUGGGCUCCGGAUCUUGCCGAAUCACAAACUUGCUGCACUCGGACGACACCCAGGUCAUGUUGGACGCGCUUGCCCGCCUACAGGCCGCGACCUUCUCAUGGGAGAACGAUGGCAAAGAGCUAGUGGUCACUGGAACCGGUGGUAGCCUUAAAGCCACCGAUGAUGAGCUCUACCUCGGAAAUGCCGGCACUGCAUCUCGCUUUUUGACAUCUGUUGUUGCGCUCGCUGAUCCUUCGGGGAGCAUCACGUCUACUGUUGUGACAGGCAACGCCCGCAUGAAAGAGCGACCGAUUGGCCCUCUUGUAAAAUCACUUCGCUCAAUGGGAAUUGACGUGGAUUUCCAAGAGAAAGAGGGCAGCUUGCCUCUGCGCAUUUCGGCAUGCGGUGGUUACGGCGCAGCGUCUGGGGAGCGCGAGUUCACCGGCGACAUCGAGCUAGCGGCUACCGUAUCUUCGCAAUAUGUUUCAUCGAUCCUGAUGUGCGCUCCAUACUCAAAGAAGCCCGUCACGUUGCGCUUAGUAGGUGGCAAGCCCAUCUCACAGCCCUACAUUGACAUGACUAUCGCGAUGAUGGCUACCUUCGGAGUAGAGGUCGAGAAGUCACAGACUGAAGCAAACACCUAUCACAUUCCAAACAAGGCCUACACGAACCCUGCAGAAUACGUAGUCGAGAGCGACGCUAGCUCAGCUACAUAUCCGCUUGCUAUUGCGGCCAUCACAGGAACCACGUGUACCGUACCUAACAUCGGCUCUGGUUCCCUUCAGGGCGAUGCGCGAUUCGCCGUCGAAGUGCUUAGGCCAAUGGGCUGCACGGUGGAACAGAGCGAAAGCUCGACCACUGUAACAGGACCUCCACGAGGCCAGCUGAAAGCGGUCAAAGAAAUCGACAUGGAGCCUAUGACAGAUGCUUUCCUUACUGCCUCAGUUUUGGCCGCCGUGGCAUCCUCGAAUGGUAACAAUGCUACUACCCGCAUCUAUGGCAUUGCAAACCAGCGUGUCAAGGAAUGCAAUCGGAUACAGGCCAUGGAAGAUGAGCUUGCCAAGUUUGGUAUUACCUGUAGGCAGUUCGACGACGGAAUUGAGGUCGACGGCCGUGGCUAUGAGCUCGAUGCGCCUCAAGUUGGUAUCCACUGCUACGAUGAUCAUCGAGUUGCAAUGAGCUUCGCGGUUCUGUCUCUCGUCGCACCCAAGCCCGUCCUCAUCCUCGAGAAGGAGUGUACCGGGAAGACCUGGCCUGGGUACUGGGAUAUUCUUCACCAGCUCUUCAAAGCUGAACUUGACGGUGUGGAGCAGCCGCGAGUUCUUCGCGAUACCCACUACGGGGGAAAGAAGCCCACAAAGUCCAUCAUCGUUAUUGGCAUGCGCGGUGCCGGUAAGACCACCACCGGUGGAUGGGCGUCUCGCUACCUGGGCUGGCCUUUCGUUGAUCUCGACACGGCCUUAGAAGAGCAUGUUUCCAUGACUAUCCCCGAUCUGAUCAAGACCAAGGGAUGGGAUGGAUUCCGAGAUGAGGAACUCAAGUUUCUGGAAAAAGCCGUAAAGGAAAAGGGCACUGGCCACGUCCUCGCAUGUGGAGGUGGCAUUGUCGAGACCGAAGCGGCCCGUAACGUUCUCAACGACUAUCAGAAGGACGGUGGCAUCGUGCUGCUUGUCACUCGUGAUAUCGAAAAGAUCAUGAGUUUUCUCCAAAUGGACAAGACACGACCUGCAUACGUCGAAGAUAUGAGGGGUGUCUGGCUUCGACGGAGACCUUGGUUUCUUGAAUGCAGCAACUAUCAGUUCCACAUGCAAAGCGUGGAUUCUGUUGGUCUAGCAAACACUCUUGAAGACUUCUCGAGGUUUCUUGACCUCAUCUUCGGAAAGAAUACAUCAUUACAAUUGCUGAAGAAGAGGAAACAGUCCUUCUUCGUUUGCCUCUCGGCACCACAAAUACAGCCUUGGCUUGAGAAGAUGCCAGAGAUAGUGGUCGGUGCGGAUGCUGUCGAGCUCCGCGUAGAUCUGCUAGAAGAUCCUGAUGGUUCGGAGGGUUUACCAUCAUUCGAAUUUGUUGUAGACCAGGUGGGCCUUUUGCGCACUAGAACAACCUUGCCGCUGAUCUUCACGUUACGAACCAAAGCCCAAGGCGGAAAGUUCCCCGACGACGCGUACGACCAUGCUCAGCUUCUAUACAGCACCGCACUUAGAUUGGGCGUCGAGUUCGUCGAUUUGGAGAUGACGAUGCCUGAAGAGAUUCUGCGUGAAGUCUCCGAAAAUCGUGGCUUCAGCAGGAUCAUCGCCUCACAUCAUGAUCCGCAAGGUCAGCUCUCCUGGAGCAACGGCUCUUGGAUUUCUUUCUACAACCGCGCUUUGCAAUAUGGCGACGUCAUCAAGCUGGUCGGCAUUGCGAAGAGUCUCCAAGACAACUUCGCGCUUGCAGAAUUCAAAGCUUGGGCCGAGAAUUCGCAUCCUGUGCCCGUCAUCGCCAUCAACAUGGGCGAACAUGGCAAGCUCAGUCGCAUACUCAACAACUUCAUGACGCCCGUUUCUCAUCCUCUUCUUCCUUCUGCCACGGCACCUGGCCAGCUUUCCGCGACUGAGAUCCGACGAGGACUCACCCUCAUGGGCGAAAUCACACCUAAGAAAUUCUGUAUCUUUGGAAGUCCAGUCCAGCAAAGCCGCUCGCCCCCAAUGCACAACACGCUCUUCCGCGAGACUGGCCUCCCGCACUCCUACGGCAUCCAUGAGACGACGAACGCUGCGGAUCUCGAAGCAGUUAUCCGCAGUCCAGACUUUGGUGGCGCCUCAGUCACUAUACCUUUGAAGCAAGAUGUCCGCCCUCUCCUCGACAGCGUGGGCCCUGAAAUUGAUUCUAUCGGCGCCCUCAACACCAUUGUGCCAGUGACCGAGAUUAAUGAAUCAGGUAAAGAAGUCACCAAGCUCGUCGGCCGCAACACGGAUUACCUCGGGAUGGUGCUCGUGCUGCGUAAUGCCGGCGCACAGGGCAGUGCAGGGCUCCAAGCUGGCCUCGUCAUCGGUGGAGGAGGCACAUCGCGCGCAGCCAUCUACGCACUCCACGAAAUGCAGUACUCCCCGAUCUACCUCGUGGGCCGCAACCCUCAGAAGAUGUCCGCCCUGCGCGAGGCUUUCCCCGAAGACUAUAAUAUCCAGAUCAUCAAUGCUGCGAGCAUUGCGGAUCUUGAGCGCAUACCAACCGUCGCCAUUGGAACUAUUCCUGCAGAUCAGCCGAUUGACUCGUCCAUAAAGGAGACCCUCGACGCAUUGUUUUCAAAAGCACAGAAUGAGAAAGCGGAAGCAGAGGCGCCCAUUGGCAGUCGACCACCGGGAGGCAAGAGGAUCUUGCUUGAGAUGGCGUACAAGCCCGCAGUCACCGAGUUGAUCAAACUUGCGACCGAAGCAGGGUGGGACACGGUGAAUGGUUUGGAAGUACUCGUUGGGCAGGGGGUUAAGCAGUUUGAGUACUGGACGGGGAUUAGGCCGCUUUAUCGGAUUGCGAGGGAUGCUGUUAUGGGCGCGUGA